AUGGGUACCGUCGGGGAAGGCUUGGGCAAUGCCUUGGGCGGACAUUUGGGUGACCUGGCGCACAUCAAGCGCCCCAACAAUGGCAGGAUCUAUGUGGCCAUGUUCUCCGUGCUAAGCAAUAUCCCCUUCGUGUACGCCAUCUUCAUGGGCGUGGAUAAGAAUGCCGACCUCUCAGUCUUCUUCGCCGGUUUGCUCUUCCUCUCCGGCACUUUGACCUCCUGGGAGGUAACAGGCUGCCUGAACCCGGUGGUGAUCGACAUUGUGCCCAGACGCCAGCUCUCUUCCGCCUUCGCCUGGAAUGUUGCGAUGGUCUUUACCAGCGGCAACAUGAUCGGCCCCAUGCUGGUGGGCCUUACGGCACAGAAUGUGUUUCACUACAAGCUCACCACGGAGAGCGUGGAUAAGAUGAGCGCCAGCCUUCGUCAGCACAACGCGGAGGCCCUGGGCAAGUCCCUGUGCGUGACCUCCAUUGUGCCCAGCGUCAUCUCGGCGGUGAUAUUCUCCAUGCUCUUCUGCACCUACGCCAAGGACAAGCGCCAUUUGCAGGAAUCCGAGGGCAGCGAGAGUGAUGUACCCGAGGAGGCGAAGGACCCUGAGCGGCAGCAACUCCUGGGCAAGCGCUUGUCGCAGGCCGGGAGGACAGCCUAA